AUGCUGGUCUUGUAUUUGGAGGACUCUCGACACGCAGCGAGACCAAAUUUCACAAGGCUGUCUCUUUGGCUUCUCCUGUUCCAGGCUACAGGAAUCGGAGUUCUAUCCGUCGACUCCAAGCAAGUUGCACUGGUUCUCUGGAAUGUGUUUCCAAUCCUAGUUCCAGCUGCGUUUGCAGGGAUCCAGGCUGUCACGUCAGCAGCCCGGGGCAAGCAGCAUCAGGCCACUGGUUCCCGCGGGGAGGACGCCGCGACUAUAACUCGGCCAUCCAUUCAGACAAGUCGUCACACCAUGUCAACCAUCAGCCUUAUCUAUGCCCCUGCGCUCAUCGUCAGUGUAUACUCACACGUCGCGAUCUUGGCAGUCACGCUCUUCACGCGCUUGUUUCCCGCCCUCUUUCGACCGGAACACUUAGCAAGCCUCACGCCGUGGGGAGUUUUCGUGCCGCCCCUGGCUGUGGUCGCUGGGCAAACAUGUGGCCGCCGCGGCGAGUAG